UCCAACGCGAUCCCCGAAUAGGAAAACAAGUUAAACAACACGUGCGAAUCUGCGCUCAAUUCGGUUUACUAGCAUCCGUAUCUCGUUUGGUAUGAAUAUUUUAAUGAUAAAGUAAUGGGCCAUGUCCAUCGGCUACUCAGAAGUUUAGGUACAGCACAAGCAGUAGGAAGUGUCCGGCUUAUUUCCAGAGCAAGCAAUGCAGUUUGCUUGCCUCCCGAUCUCGAAGAAGACCUGGAAUUAUCUCACAUUAAGCACAGACACCAUCCAGGCAUUCGGAGACAUGGCAAGGUGUCUCUUCCACCGAAACUUCUUGAAGCUGCGACCAGUGUACUGGAAAGACGUGACAUGCGGCAGUUACAAGAGGGCGCCACUAUACUGCGUGCGCAGCUGUGGUCUCGCCACCUGCCCGUGGAAGCCGGUGCAAUUCGACAGAAGGCAGCACAUUUUGAGCGACAGCUUUUAGGCGACAAGUUGGAGUCUAUGUCUCAAGAAGAAAGGGACCUCAUGGAAGACAGCGUGAAAGAAGCCGUGCUUACGAAGUUGCGACGGGAGACGUAUCGAUGGAAGGCUUUCAAUUACGAUGACUUUGGUUCAUACACCUACCUGGUAGCGCGCCUUGCUGCAGACUACGCGACACUUCACAGGAUCUUUAACGAGAUCAAGCUGAUAGACCAAACAUUUGUGCCAAAGACUCUUAUGGACUUUGGAUCUGGAGUUGGGACAGUUUAUUGGGCUGCACAGGACACGUGGCCUCAGAAGCUUGCGGAGUACUUCGCAGUCGACACAUCAGUGCACAUGAAUGAUUUGGCAAGGCUACUUGUGCAAGGUGGAAAUCCUGCCGAUGGAAAUGCUCUGAAACACCGGGGGUACUUUCAGAGGCAGUUCCUUCCAGCGAGUGACAAACUGAAGUUCGACCUUGUUGUGAGUGCAUUUUCUCUCAUGGAACUCCCCAACAUGCAACAGCGCCUUCAAACCGUAGCAAACCUGUGGGCAAAGACGUCGAGAACAUUGGUGCUCGUAGAAAAUGGUACCCUUGCUGGGCACGAUGCCGUUUCGCAGGCUCGAGAUUUCAUUCUUACAAUGGAGAACCAACAUCAUACGGAGGAAGGAAAGCAUGCGCCAUGUGCACAUGUCCUUGCACCAUGCCCGCACGACCAGGAAUGCCCCAAAAAUUUGGAAGACAAGAAGUUGCCAUGUACAUUUGCGGUUGAGUUUCAUGAUCCCAUCUUCGACCCAAGAAAGAACAUGGGACAUGCCCUGUACUCGUACACUGUGAUACAAAAGUCAUCAUCGGUUCUAGAUGCAAGAAGUUGGCCCCGUAUCAUAGAACCUGUGCUGUGUAGAAGCAAACACGUCAUAUGCCGUCUAUGCUGUAAGGACGGAAGUCUAAAGGAAAUCGUUCUUACAAAGAAACAGAAUGGAAGGCAUGCCUACAGAGUAGCUAGGUGUAGCGACUGGGGAGAUCAGCUUCCACUUGAGCUCCUUCCUGGGGGAGACAGCCACAUGGAAGACAGCUGAAGAAAUCUUUUCAGGCACAUCAACAGACGCCCCCGGGUGGGAGAUGCUGGCUCUUCUCUCCAUUGGUGGCCUGUGAUCAUCUACCUUCCUCAGUUCUUCCUCGUCCGCCGGUGAGGACACCUGUUGGGCAGAAUUGUGCUGGAAAGCGGUAGAAAAUUGUCAGUGGAUAACAGAUGUGAGUAUAGUAAUGUACGCUUAAUGUAGAAUAAAUGUCGAUCACCAU